AAUCAUUUGUACUAAGGAAGGCAAAGCAAAUGGCAGCUGAGAACGCAAAACGAUUGGUAAGCGAAGGACAUGCUAGGAGCGAAGCCAUGGAGACAAGCACAACUCUGCCUUUGCAGGAACGCGAGCAGCCCAAGUGGACGUGGAGCCUCAAUCUGGCUGGCUUUGGUGCCACCAUCGGAGCAGCUGUGCCCAUUGGCUACUGCACUGGGGUCGUCAACAGUCCAGCCGUGCACAUGAGAGCUUGGUGUCAGCAGACGUUGAAAGCGCGCUACGAUUGGGAGUUGACUGACGGUGCCCUGGAGCUACUUUGGUCUGCUGUGGUGUCCAUUUUUCUAGUGGGCGGCGCUGUGGGUUCGGUGACGGGCGCCGCCAUUGCCAACAAAUUUGGACGUCGCGGCAGCUUCUACAUUUGUGGCGUGCUCCUCUUGCUUGGCUCCAUCUUCUUCUACAUCUGUCGACCGUUGAACUCUGUGGAAUUGUUGCUUUUGGGUCGUCUGCUUGUGGGUCUUGCCGGAGGCUUGAUUACCGCCUGCAUGCCGAUGUAUCACAGCGAACUGGCCGCCUUGUCGCAGCGCAGCAAAUUGGCGCCUCUCUGCCCCAUGGGUCUCACAGUUGGCGUUGUUAUAUCGCAGAUCUGCAGUUUGCAAUCCGUGCUGGGUACCGCACAGCAUUGGCAUGUGGCAUUGGCCAUCUGUGGCAUCUUUGUGGUCGUUUGCUAUGCUCCCUUCAAGUGGUAUCCCGAAAGUCCGAAGUGGCUCUACAUUGUCAAGGGACGCAAGCAGCAAGCGGCUCAGCAGCUCCAGCUCCUGCGUGGUUAUGCGGCAGACAGCGAAGCGCUGCAAGAGGAACUCAACGAGAUGGAGCAGGAGGCCAAGGUGGAGAGCGAGCCGGCCACAUUCCUCCAGGUGCUGCGUAAUCCCCAGCUGCGUCUGCCUCUGAUCAUUGUGUGCGCCUAUCUGGGUGGCCAGCAGUUGUCCGGCAUCAAUGCGAUCUUCUACUAUUCGGUGUCCAUCUUCCGCAAGGCGGGCUUAAGCGCUCAGGCAGCAGAGUGGGCUAAUCUGGGUGCCGGAUGCCUUAACUUGGCCACCUCGUUGCUGGGCCCCAUGCUUAUGGAGCGCGUCAAUCGCCGUCCACUGAUGUCCUUCUCCACGUUCUUCUGUGCGGUCUUUUUGUUCCUUUUUGCCAUGCUGCUGGAGUUUAUAGACGCUUUCAGCUGGUUUGCCAUAGGCUGUGUUGCCUGCAUCUUUCUAUACAUCUUUGUCUUCCAGUUUGGUCUAGGUCCCUUGCCCUUCUUCAUAGGAGCAGAGCUCUUCGAGGUGGCGCCUCGUUCUGCAGCCAUGUCCCUGGGCAGUGUUGUCUACUGGAUGUGCAAUCUGUUCAUCGGCAUGGCCUUUCCCACGCUCCAGAAUGCCUGGGGUGCUCUCGUCUUUCUGCCGUUCUCCAUCAACUGCCUGUUGCUGUUUCUGCUUACGCGACGCUACUUGCCGGAGACGCGUGGUCGCGAUCCCAGCGAAGUGGCUCCGCUCGUUGCCGACGGCUUUAAAUCAAAGCGCAGUCGGCAGUGAU